AUGCUGCAAGGCACUACUAUCAUUGCUACCCUUGAUGCUGGCGCGUAUCUCCCCUCCCCCUUAUGCCAGUGUCGCUUUGCAGCGACGAGGGUGUAUGCGCUUGACGGAGCGGCGUGUGGCAUGUUGGACCCGAGGGAAGGUAAUAAAUACCCUAGAAGGAGAGAGAGAGAGAAAGAAGGAGAUAUGAAUGUAAUUGCGGUAACUCUGGAUUUGCGCCGCGCUUUAACAGCAUGUCGCAGAGCCACGGUGCAGUUGUCAUUUGUCAUCCUUUUUACUGAGCGAAUUAUGCUGCAUUUCCAACAAGAGGAACUACACCAGAUCGAUGGACAAAAUCUUCUCUCCAUCCGACAGUAA